CUCACUCAUACAGGGCUUACUCCGCUUCUGAGGAGGUUCUGCUCGUCGUGAUUGAUUCUGGACCGUCCGAUCCGGGAAUGGACGCGAUCCAAGCGGAGAAGGAGACCGCGAUGCGGCGGUACCGUCGCCUCCAAAAGAUCGGGACGCUGCUCCGCUACCUCGAGGCCGUCGCUGGCCUCCUCCUCUUCUCCUGGUUAUCCGCCCGCCUUCCGGCAGCCGCCCGCCUCUCCGUCGACUUCCUCCGCCGACUCGCCGCGGUCCUCCUCAGCCCACGCUUCGUCUUCCUCCUCGGCAACGCCAUCGUCCUCCUCCUCUUCGCCAAGUCCGGCCACCUAUCCCCCUCUCCCUCCUCCUCCUCAGCCACCACCACUUCUUCUGCCUCCUCCUCCUCCUCAUCCUCCUCCGCGGCCGUCGGCGACCUCUUCGACGAGUUCCUCGAGAGCCGCGGCCUCCGGUUCUCCUUCUCUCUUCCGCCGCCACAGGAGGAGGUGGUGGUGUACGAGGACAAGGCCGUGUGCGUCGAGACGCGAGCAUUCCGGAAGAGCCGUUCACAGAGGAUGGAGCGGCGGCGCGGGCCACCGCCCGAGCUUCGUCGGGCAGAGACGGUGGUGGCAGGCCGGAAAAGGGACAUGUUUCCACCGACAACAACGGAGGCAUCCGAAGAGGAGGUGCAGGCGGAAGACGCGGAGGAGUUCCGGCGUGCGGUGGAGGCCUUCAUUGCGAAGCAAACCAGGUUCCAUCGCGAGGAGCGCAUGGCCAUCGCCUCCCCGCCCUUCUUAAUCUGCUCCGCAGCACUACCAGACCACUGAAAUGCUUUAAAAUCCGUGCGAUAAGCGAUCACUACUUUGUUCGAAUUUAGCGUUCCUAUAUCUCAAGAAGGC